CUACAACAUCCACCCAACCUACAACCCCACCAACCAACCAAGCAAGCCAAACCAAAAACAAUGCCCUCCAAACCAAUCUCCUCACCCCCCCUCCAACCCAAAAAAGUCCACGGCAGUGUCCGCGACGACGCCCCGAUCGACGAUUACGAAAACGCCUGGACGCCCGACGACGACGAACUCCACCAGCAACAUCUAGAGAAUGAUGAUAUCGCGUUCAAGGCCCCGAAUGUUGCGGCCGCGAGGAGGAUGAAUACUGGGACGGCGCCGAAUCCUUCGGAGGGGGGAAGGGAGGGGACCACUGGGUCGGUGAAUAGGUCGAAGACGAGGCAUUGAUUCUUUCUCUUUCUCUCUAUUAUGCUUAUCUUUGUUUUGGGGUUUAGGUGGUACUGGUACUAAGUAGUACUUUAUAUGUGGG